UCAUGCUGCUGCCAGGUCCAGAGUCUCUCAUGGGUCCCUGUACGGCCUCCCAUUGCUGCUGUCUCCAUCGCCACACUCUGCCAUGUGCCACUUUCAGGUCUCCUCACACUGCUGGUGUGUUCCAUUUUUUGUCAUAGGGUGCUGGCAGAUUACGGGCCUCCCAUAGCUGCUGCCAGGCCCCUAAUCUGCCAUGGGCCCCUAUACCGCCUCCUCAUGCUGCUGCCAAGUCCAGAGUCUCUCAUGGGUCCCUGUACGGCCUCCCAUUGCUGCUGUCUCCAUUGCCACACUCUGCCAUGUGCCACUUUCAGGUCUCCUCACACUGCUGGUGUGUUCCAUUUUUUG